AUGCCUAAGAAGGUUGUUUUAAUUGAUAAUUACGAUUCCUUCACUUGGAAUGUUUACCAAUAUUUAUGUGAAGAAGGUGCAGAUGUUGAAGUUUAUAGAAAUGAUAAAAUUACAGUAGAAGAAGUUGCAGCUUUGAAGCCAGAUACUAUCUUAAUAUCCCCUGGUCCAGGCCAUCCAAAAACUGAUUCUGGUAUUUCUAGAGAUUGCAUUCGUUUUUUUACUGGUAAGAUUCCUAUAUUUGGCGUUUGUAUGGGUCAACAAUGUAUGUUUGAUGUCUUUGGUGGUGAUGUUAGUUAUGCUGGUGAAAUUGUUCAUGGUAAGACUAGCCCUAUUUACCACGAUGACAAGGGUAUAUUCAAAAAUGUUCCACAAGGUGUUGCUGUUACAAGAUAUCAUUCAUUGGCUGGUACACGUGAAUCCUUACCAGAUGAAUUAGAAGUGUCUGCCACUACUGAUGGUGGGAUUAUUAUGGGUAUUAGGCAUAAGAAAUAUACUAUCGAAGGUGUUCAAUUUCAUCCUGAAUCUAUCCUGACUGAAGAAGGUCAUUUAAUGAUAAAAAAUAUGCUUAAUAUUAAUGGUGGUACCUGGGAAGAAAAUAACAAGAUUGUUGCAUCCAAAACUAGUAACUCUUCAAAGGAAUCUAUUAUGAAUUGUAUAUAUGCUAAGCGUAUGGAAGAUGUUACAGCUCAAUCCAAAAUACCCGGUUAUACUUUUGAAGAUUUAGAAGCCAAUUUCAAAUUAGGUUUGGCACCUCCAGUUUUAGAUUUUGUUAAAAGAUUAAAAGGUUCCAAUAGUCGUGCAGCUGUUAUUGCAGAGAUAAAGCGUGCUUCGCCAUCUAAAGGUGAUUUCAACGUUAAAGUUGUUGCCGCUAAGCAAGGUUUAGAAUAUGCUAAAGCUGGGGCUGCUGCUAUAUCGAUCUUAACUGAGCCACACUGGUUCAAAGGUCAAUUACAGGAUUUAAUAAAUGUACGGAAGAUUCUUGAUAUUAAUUAUGCUUCAAAUCCUAAUGAUAGACCAUGCUUAUUAAGAAAAGAAUUUGUCUAUUGUAAAUACCAAAUUCUAGAAGCAAGAUUAGCAGGUGCUGAUUCUGUUUUACUAAUUGUUAAAAUGUUAACUCCUACACAAUUAAAAGAAUUAUAUGAUUAUUCAACAAUUGAAAUGGGUAUUGAACCAUUAGUUGAAGUAAAUUCUCCAGAAGAUAUGAUUUUAGCUAAAUCUGUAGGAGCCAAAGUGAUUGGUGUGAAUAAUAGAGAUUUACACACUUUUAACGUUGAUUUGAACACCACAAGUAAUUUAAUAUCUUCCACACCAGAAGGUUCUUUAUUAAUUACCUUAUCAGGCAUUCUAAAACCUUCUGAUGCUGAUAAAUUAAAAGAUGAAGGUGUCAAUGGAUUUUUAAUUGGUGAAGCGUUGAUGAAGACAGACAAUAUUGCUUCAUUUAUUAAAGAUAUUUGUGCUUAA